AUGGAUAUAGAUGAGACAGACCGAAAGAAGAAGGAAGGAGAAGGGACCGACAGCAUAGAUAUCACUUUUCUUGGUGAAUUUCACUUGGAAAUCAACGAGGACAAUGACGGGACAUCUGCGUGUAAGGAUGCCCUGGAGAUAGGAGAGGGACUCGUCCCUUUCCAGAACACGAUCGGCGUCUUCUGUGGAAACAGCACCCCGCCGGCGCAGAGGGUGGACACUAGGCAGAUGUGGCUGAACCUGUACUCAGACAGGAACGUGGAAAUGUCGGGAUUCCAACUAGUAUACAGAGCAGACCUCGACGUGUGCUACAGCUCUCCCUGUACUAACGGAGGCACGUGUAUGUCUGACCUCAUCACCUACACGUACACCUGUCAAUGCCCACCUGGAUGGCAAGGAACGAGGUGUGAAAUCGACGUGGACGAGUGUGCCAGCGAUCCUUGUCAGAAUGGCGGCGUGUGUUCUCACGAAGUGGGAGUUGAUUUUUACCAGUGUACCUGUGCACCAGGAUUCACUGGAGUCAACUGUGAAAUAGAUAUCGAUGAGUGUGAGAACGUUACCUGUCAGAACCAGGGCGGCUGUGUGGACCUGGUCAACGACUUCUUCUGCAACUGCACUGCAGGAUGGGAGGGACGAUUCUGCGAAAAUGAGACCAAUGAGUGUGCGAGCGACCCCUGCCUGAACAACGGCACGUGUAUAGACCUCUUCAACAACUACACGUGCGCAUGCGCAGAGGGUUGGAUCGGCGACAACUGUCAACUGCUCCUAGGGCCUUCUGCGGUAUGCAUCAGCUGGGGAGACCCACACUACAUCACGUUCGACGGCACCUACGUCAACUUCCAAGGCGGCUGCACGUACAAUCUCGUCCAGGCAACAGAACGAGAUUCCGAGAGACCGGCCUUCCGAAUCCUGGCCACCAACGAGCACAGAGGGUCGGACCUCGUGUCCUACACGGCCGGGGCGCAGGUUGAGAUCUACCAGCACGUUAUAACGUUGGGACUAGGCAGAGUGGUGAUGCUUGAUGAGGUGCAGGUCACCCUUCCCCUCCAACUAGCGGAGGGCGUCAGCGUGCGCCUUAGCGGCAGGAACGUCGUCCUCCGAACGGCAUUCGGCCUGCGAGUGGCUUACAACGGCAACCACCGCCUGGAAGUCAUCGUGCCGCCAGCGUACACCGACAACGUCCAAGGACUGUGCGGAAACUUCAACAACGAUCCACAGGACGACCUGAAAAUGCCGGACGGCACCACGGCCUCGACCCACACCGAGUUUGGAAACAGCUGGGAAAUUGAUCUCGACGGAAGCUGUCCUGCUGCAGUGGAACCAGUAAAUCCCGAACCAAACUGCGAGCCGGGACUACAGGCUGUGGUGGAGAGCGACAACUGGUGCGGCGUGAUCAGAGAAACGUUCCAGUCUUGUAACGGCGUGGUGGACCCGACUCCUUACUUCGACGCCUGUGUCUACGACGUCUGUGAGUACCAAGGCAGCUUGGACGUCCUGUGUCAAAGCCUAGAGGCGUACGCGGCGGCCUGCCUGGCUAAUGAGGUAGAACUGGACGACUGGAGAACUCAGACAUUAUGCCCUACAUCGUGCGGAGUCCAUCAGCAUUACACGGCCUGCGGCAGCUCGUGCCCGGCAGUGUGCACAGACCUGACCGCCGCGGACAGCUGUGACGAGCCGUGUGUGGAGGGCUGCCAGUGCGACCAGGGCUUCGUUCUGAGCGGUCAGGACUGUAUUCCGGAGGACCAGUGCGGCUGUCUCACGGAUGGCAUCUACCACGCGCUGAAUGAGGAAUGGGGUGUAGACAACGGACAGCGGUGCACCUGUCACAGCCAGAAUAACAUCACCUGCAGGGCGGUGGAGUGCAACGACGGCUUCGCUUGGAGCUUGGUGGACGGCGUGUGGGAUUGCCACUGCCAGUUGGACAACAACUGUGAAGGAACCACACCAGAAGUAGAAGGCAUCUGCGUUAGCUGGGGCGAUCCUCACUACAUCACCUUUGACGGAAAGAGCCUGAAUUACAUGGGUGCAUGCACCUACAUUCUCAGCAAGGCCAGUCGACAGAGCGACCAACUUCCAGCCUUUGAGAUUCAGGCUACCAACGACAGAAGAGGCUCCGAUCGUGUAUCUUACACGGAUAGUGCACUUAUACACAUCUAUCAACAUAGUGUGACCUUCGGACAAGGGCGCAUUGUCACGCUGAACGGCCUGCAGGCUACUCUUCCAAUAGACUUGGUGGAAGGCAUCAACAUACAAUUGAGUGGACCCAACGUCGUGCUCAGCACUACCUUCGGACUCAGGGUGUCCUUCGAUGGAAACCAUCGCCUAGAAGUCGUCGUACCGCCAACCUACUUCAACACUACACAGGGUAUUUGUGGCAACUUCAACGAUGAUAAGAGCGAUGACUUGACGAUGCCAGAUGGAAACAUGGCUGCCAAUGCUGUCCAGUUGGGAAACAGUUGGAAGACGAACACAAGCUGCCCUGACCAAGUAGGUCCGGUGGACCCUAGCUGUGAGCCCGGGCUACAAACCAUCAUAGAGAGCGACGAACGGUGUGGCAAAAUCAUGGAAGACUUCCAGAACUGUCACAGCUUGGUUGACCCGGGUCCCUAUUAUGAAGCCUGUAUCUACGACGUCUGCGAGUACCAAGGCAGUUUGGAACUUCUCUGCCAAAACAUAGAGGCUUACGUGCAAGCUUGUGCAUCGCAGGGAAUAGACUUGGGCGACUGGAGAACACCAACGAUAUGUCCGCUAUCGUGUCCAGCGAACAGUCACUACACCACCUGUGCAAGUGCCUGCCCGGCUACCUGCACCGACGUGGCGGCACCUAGUCAGUGCAACCAUCCUUGUAAGGAGGCGUGUGAAUGUGAUCUUGGCUUUGUCCUCAGCGGUGAAGUCUGCGUUCCACAGGAGCAGUGUGGUUGUCUAAUAGAUGGAAUCUACUACGCGCUAAACGAAGAGUGGGGUCUAGAAAAUGGCCAGCGAUGCACCUGCCGUGGAGACAACAAUAGCACAUGCAGGGACGUUGAAUGUAACAACGGCUUCACAUGGAGUUUAGUAGAUGGCCAGUGGGGCUGCCACUGCCAACUGGAAACGAUCUGCGAAGGUACUAACCCAGAAUUGGAAGGGGUCUGCGUCAGCUGGGGCGAUCCUCACUACAUCACCUUUGACGGAAAGAACUUGAAUUACCAGGGUGCAUGCACCUACAUUCUCAGCAAGGCCAGUCGACAGAGCGACCAACUUCCAGCCUUUGAGAUUCAGGGAACCAACGACAGAAAGGGCUCCAAUCGUGUCUCUUGUACAGACAGCGCAAUUAUUAACAUCUAUCAGCAUACAGUGACCCUGGCACAAGGGCGCGUUGUGACCCUGAACGGCAUGCGGGUGACUCCCCCGGUCAAUCUGCCGGAAGGCAUCAACGUGCAGUUCAGCGGACCUAACGUCGUGCUCAGCACUACCUUUGGACUCAGGGUGUCCUUCGACGGAAAUACUCGCCUAGAAAUCGUUGUACCACCAGCCUACUCUAACAUAACGCAGGGCAUCUGUGGCAACUUCAACGGCGACGACACCGAUGACAUGCUUUUGUCAAAUGGAAGCAUGGCUUCUAGUGCUGUGGAGUGGGGCAAUAGCUGGAAUGUAGAUACGAGCUGCCCUGACGAAGUUGGUACCGUCGACCCUGUAGCAGUCUGUACUGAGGGAUUGAAAGUUAUAAUCGAGAGCGACGAAUGGUGUGGCAAGAUCUUGGAAGAUUUUCAGGCCUGUCACAGUGCCGUUGACCCGGCUGCCUACUACUCAGCAUGUGUCUACGACGUCUGCGAGUACCAAGGCAGCCUGGAGUUCCUCUGCCAGAAUUUGGAGGCCUACGUGCAAGCAUGCUCUGAACAUGGAAUAGACCUGGGCGUUUGGAGAACACCGACAAUAUGUCCUCUAUCGUGUCCAGUGAACAGUCACUACACCACCUGUGCAAGUGCCUGCCCGGCUACCUGCACCGACGUGGCGGCACCUAGUCAGUGCAACCAUCCUUGUAAGGAGGCGUGUGAAUGUGAUCUUGGCUUUGUUCUCAGCGGUGAAGUCUGCGUUCCACAGGAACAGUGUGGGUGCGUGAAAGACGGAAUCUACUAUCCGUUGGGCGCUGAAUGGGGCGAGGCCAACGGCCAGACUUGUAGCUGUCGUGGACAAAAUGAUAUCUCCUGUCAACAAGUGGUCUGCCCCGAUGGUUUCAUCUGGAACUUGGAAGAGGGCACGUGGGACUGUCGCUGCCCACCCAAUACUAAUUGUGACGGUGAGGUAACUGUUGAUGGGAUGCCUAACUCUUGCUAUCUCCAUUUGUCUCACCUAACAGAAAGUGGCCCAGUCGAAGCUAUUUGCGUUAGCUGGGGUGAUCCUCACUACAUCACUUUCGACGGAAAGAACUUGAAUUACCAGGGUGCAUGCACCUACAUUCUCAGCAAGGCCAGUCGACAGAGCGACCAACUUCCAGCCUUUGAGAUUCAGGCUACAAACGACAGAAGAGGCUCCGAUCGUGUAUCUUACACGGAUAGUGCACUUAUAAACAUCUAUCAACAUAGUGUGACCUUCGGACAAGGGCGCAUUGUCACGCUGAACGGCCUGCAAGUUACUCCUCCGGUCAACCUGCCGCAAGGCAUCAACAUACAAUUGAGUGGACCCAACGUCGUGCUCAGCACUACCUUCGGACUCAGGGUGUCCUUCGAUGGAAACCAUCGCCUAGAAGUCGUCGUACCGCCAACCUACUUCAACACUACACAGGGUAUUUGUGGCAACUUCAAUGGCGACGACAGCGACGACAUGCUCAAGCAGGACGGAAGCAUGGCUGCCAAUGCCAACGAGUGGGGUAACAGCUGGCAGACCAACACAAGCUGCCCCGACGAGGUUGAAAUUGUCGUUCCUGACUGUGAGCCAGGACUACAAGCCAUCAUCGAGAGCGACCAACGGUGUGGCAAGAUCAUGGAAGACUUCCAGAACUGUCACAGCGUGGUUGACCCGGGUGUCUACUAUGAUGCCUGUGUCUUCGACGUCUGCGAGUACCAAGGCAGUUUGGAACUGCUCUGCCAGAAUUUGGAGGCCUACGUGCAAGCAUGCGCCGCACUGGGAAUAGACUUGGGCGAAUGGAGAACACCAACAAUCUGUCCCUUGGCAUGUCCAGCGAACAGUCACUACACCACCUGUGCAAGUGCCUGCCCGGCUACCUGCACCGACGUGGCGGCACCUAGUCAGUGCAACCAUCCUUGUAAGGAGGCGUGUGAAUGUGAUCUUGGCUUUGUCCUCAGCGGCGAAGUCUGCGUUCCACAGGAGCAGUGUGGUUGUCUGAAGGACGGCAUCUACUAUCCGUUGGGAGCUGAAUGGAGUGACGCCAACGGCCAGACUUGUAGCUGUCGUGGACAGAAUGAUAUCAGCUGCCAACAAGUGGUCUGCCCCGAUGGCUUCUUCUGGAACUUGGAAGAGGGCACGUGGGACUGUCGCUGCAUACCUGACAGGGAUUGUGAUGAACGAGGCCCAGUCGAAGCCAUUUGCGUUAGCUGGGGCGAUCCUCACUACAUCACUUUCGACGGAAAGAACUUGAAUUACCAGGGUGCAUGCACCUACAUUCUCAGCAAGGCCAGUCGACAGAGCGACCAACUUCCAGCCUUUGAGAUUCAUGCUACCAACGACAGAAGAGGCUCCGAUCGUGUAUCUUACACGGAUAGUGCACUUAUAAACAUCUAUCAACAUAGUGUGACCUUCGGACAAGGGCGCAUUGUCACGCUGAACGGCCUGCAAGUUACUCCUCCGGUCAACCUGCCGCAAGGCAUCAACAUACAAUUGAGUGGACCCAACGUCGUGCUCAGCACUACCUUCGGACUCAGGGUGUCCUUCGAUGGAAACCAUCGCCUAGAAGUCGUCGUACCGCCAACCUACUUCAACACUACACAGGGUAUUUGUGGCAACUUCAAUGGCGACGACAGCGACGACAUGCUCAAGCAGGACGGAAGCAUGGCUGCCAAUGCCAACGAGUGGGGUAACAGCUGGCAGACCAACACAAGCUGCCCCGACGAGGUUGAAAUUGUCGUUCCUGACUGUGAGCCAGGACUACAAACCAUUAUCGAGAGCGACCAACGGUGUGGCAAGAUCAUGGAAGACUUCCAGAACUGUCACAGCGUGGUUGACCCGGGUGUCUACUAUGAUGCCUGUGUCUACGACGUCUGCGAGUACCAAGGCAGUUUGGAACUGCUCUGCCAGAAUUUGGAGGCCUACGUGCAAGCAUGCUCCGAACAGGGAAUAGACUUGGGCGAAUGGAGAACACCAACAAUCUGUCAUCNCGACGACAUGCUCAAGCAGGACGAAACCGAGGCUGCCAAUGCCAACGAGUGGGGUAACAGCUGGAAGACCAACACAAGCUGUCCUGACGAGGUCGUAAUUGUCGCGCCUAACUGUGAGCCAGGACUACAAACCAUCAUCGAGAGCGACCAACGGUGUGGCAAGAUCAUGGAAGACUUCCAGAGCUGCCACAGCGUGGUUGACCCGGGUGUCUACUAUGAGGCCUGUGUCUACGACGUCUGCGAGUACCAAGGCAGUUUGGAACUGCUCUGCCAGAAUUUGGAGGCCUACGUGCAAGCAUGCUCCCAACUGGGAAUAGACUUGGGCGAAUGGAGAACACCAACAAUAUGUCCCUUGGCAUGUCCGGUGAACAGUCACUACACCACCUGUGCAAGUGCCUGCCCGGCUACCUGCACCGACGUGGCGGCACCUAGUCAGUGCAACCGCCCUUGUAAGGAGGCGUGUGAAUGUGAUCUUGGCUUUGUCCUCAGCGGUGAAGUCUGCGUUCCACAGGAGCAGUGUGGUUGUCUGAAGGACGGCAUCUACUACCCGUUGGGAGCUGAAUGGAGUGACGCCAACGGCCAGACUUGUAGCUGUCGUGGACAGAAUGAUAUCAGCUGCCAACAAGUGGUCUGCCCCGAUGGCUUCUUCUGGAACUUGGAAGAGGGCACGUGGGACUGUCGCUGCAUACCUGACAGGGACUGUGAUGAACGUGGCCCAGUCGAAGCCAUUUGCGUUAGCUGGGGCGAUCCUCACUACAUCACCUUUGACGGAAAGAACUUGAAUUACCAAGGUGCAUGCACCUACAUUCUCAGCAAGGCCAGUCGACAGAGCGACCAACUUCCAGCCUUUGAGAUUCAGGCUACCAACGACAGAAGAGGCUCCGAUCGUGUAUCUUACACGGAUAGUGCACUUAUAAACAUCUAUCAACAUAGUGUGACCUUCGGACAAGGGCGCAUUGUCACGCUGAACGGCCUGCAAGUUACUCCUCCGGUCAACCUACCGCAAGGCAUCAACAUACAAUUGAGUGGACCCAACGUCGUGCUCAGCACUACCUUCGGACUCAGGGUGUCCUUCGAUGGAAACCAUCGCCUAGAAGUCGUCGUACCGCCAACCUACUUCAACACUACACAGGGUAUUUGUGGCAACUUCAAUGGCGACGACAGCGAUGAUAUGCUCAAGCAGGACGGAGGCAUGGCUGGCGAUGCCAACGAGUGGGGUAACAGCUGGAAGACCAACACAAGCUGUCCUGACGAGGUCGUAAUUGUCGCGCCUAACUGUGAGCCAGGACUACAAACCAUCAUCGAGAGCGACCAACGGUGUGGCAAGAUCAUGGAAGACUUCCAGAGCUGCCACAGCGUGGUUGACCCGGGUGUCUACUAUGAGGCCUGUGUCUACGACGUCUGCGAGUACCAAGGCAGUUUGGAACUGCUCUGCCAGAAUUUGGAGGCCUACGUGCAAGCAUGCUCCCAACUGGGAAUAGACUUGGGCGAAUGGAGAACACCAACAAUAUGUCCCUUGGCAUGUCCGGUGAACAGUCACUACACCACCUGUGCAAGUGCCUGCCCGGCUACCUGCACCGACGUGGCGGCACCUAGUCAGUGCAACCGCCCUUGUAAGGAGGCGUGUGAAUGUGAUCUUGGCUUUGUCCUCAGCGGUGAAGUCUGCGUUCCACAGGAGCAGUGUGGUUGUCUGAAGGACGGCAUCUACUACCCGUUGGGAGCUGAAUGGAGUGACGCCAACGGCCAGACUUGUAGCUGUCGUGGACAGAAUGAUAUCAGCUGCCAACAAGUGGUCUGCCCCGAUGGCUUCUUCUGGAACUUGGAAGAGGGCACGUGGGACUGUCGCUGCAUACCUGACAGGGACUGUGAUGAACGUGGCCCAGUCGAAGCCAUUUGCGUUAGCUGGGGCGAUCCUCACUACAUCACCUUUGACGGAAAGAACUUGAAUUACCAAGGUGCAUGCACCUACAUUCUCAGCAAGGCCAGUCGACAGAGCGACCAACUUCCAGCCUUUGAGAUUCAGGCUACCAACGACAGAAGAGGCUCCGAUCGUGUAUCUUACACGGAUAGUGCACUUAUAAACAUCUAUCAACAUAGUGUGACCUUCGGACAAGGGCGCAUUGUCACGCUGAACGGCCUGCAAGUUACUCCUCCGGUCAACCUACCGCAAGGCAUCAACAUACAAUUGAGUGGACCCAACGUCGUGCUCAGCACUACCUUCGGACUCAGGGUGUCCUUCGAUGGAAACCAUCGCCUAGAAGUCGUCGUACCGCCAACCUACUUCAACACUACACAGGGUAUUUGUGGCAACUUCAAUGGCGACGACAGCGAUGAUAUGCUCAAGCAGGACGGAAGCAUGGCUGGCGAUGCCAACGAGUGGGGUAACAGCUGGAAGACCAACACAAGCUGCCCUGACGAGGCUGUAAUUGUCACGCCUAACUGUGAUCAAGGGCUACAAACCAUCAUCGAGAGCGACCAACGGUGUGGCAAGAUCAUGGAAGACUUCCAGAACUGUCACAGCGUGGUUGACCCGGAUGUCUACUAUGAUGCCUGUGUCUAUGACGUCUGCGAGUACCAAGGCAGUUUGGAAGUACUCUGUCAGAAUUUGGAGGCCUACGUUCAGACAUGCUCCGAACUGGGAAUAGACUUGGGCGAAUGGAGAACACCAACAAUCUGUCCCUUGGCAUGUCCAGCGAACAGUCACUACACCACCUGUGCAAGUGCCUGCCCGGCUACCUGCACCGACGUGGCGGCACCUAGUCAGUGCAACCAUCCUUGUAAGGAGGCGUGUGAAUGUGAUCUUGGCUUUGUCCUCAGCGGUGAAGUCUGCGUUCCAUACGAGCAGUGCGGAUGUGUUAAAGAUGGUUUCUACCAUCCGACUGGAGAAGAAUGGGGCGAGGUGAACGGUCAGGUGUGCACCUGUCGUGGAAGGGAUGAUAUCUAUUGUCAAGACGUCACCUGUGAUGACGGAUACUUCUGGGCUUUGCAAGGCGGCCAUUGGGAUUGUUAUUGCUUGCCUGACAGGAAUUGUACUGAAGAUGAAACCUUAGUCGAGGAAGGUAUCUGCGUCAGCUGGGGCGAUCCUCACUACUUAACGUUCGACGGAAGGAACUUGAAUUACCAGGGUGCAUGCACCUACAUUCUCAGCAAGGCCAGUCGACAGAGCGACCAACUUCCAGCCUUUGAGAUUCAGGCUACCAACGACAGAAGAGGCUCCGAUCGCGUAUCUUACACCGACAGCGCACGCAUAUCCAUUUACAGACAUACUGUGAUCUUGGGACAAUCAAGAGUUGUGACGUUGGACGGUCUUCAUGCCACUCCACCGGUCAGCUUGACAGAAGGCAUCAGCGUCAGGCUCAGUGGAACCAACGUCGUGCUCAGCACAAGCUUCGGCCUCAGGGUGUCCUUCGACGGAAACCAUCGCUUAGAAGUCGUCGUACCACCAGCGUACCGCAACGUUACACAGGGCCUGUGUGGCAACUUCAACGGUGUUGUAUCCGAUGACAUGUUGAAGCCCAAUGGAACCAUGGCCAGUACCGUGAUUGAGUUAGGAAACAGCUGGAAGGUGGUGGACGACACCUGCCCCGAGGAAGUAGAAACAACAGAUCCUAUCUGCGAACCAGCACUAGAAGCCACCGUCCAGGGCGACCAGUGGUGCGGCAUUAUCCUGAACGACUUCCAGGCCUGUCACGGCGUCGUGAACGCGACUCAGUUUUACGAAAGCUGCGUCUAUGACGUCUGCGCGUACGACGGCGACCUCCAGCGGCUCUGUGAGAACGUAGAGGCCUACGUCGCAGCCUGCCACGCGUUCGGAAUCACGGUUGAUUCUUGGAGGAACGAAUCCUUCUGCGAACCCAACCCAGGCCCCGAGGAAGCUGUACACGGAGCUCCUGUUGGCUCCCAGACUCACUCAUCUUGGAUGUGUGGAACCUGUGACCGGACAGUGGGCUGGGACGACAGAGGACUGGCUUGUGACACCUGUGGACAGUGGUUUCAUGCCCACUGCCAGAGCAUGGAUACAGAACUUUACCAGCACCAUGAGGAUCUCGGAGACAACUUCUCCUGGCACUGUGCCAUCUGUGGGAACCCGAUCAUCUUCUGUGAGGUGAUCGUCCACCCCCAGAAGAGGAAACAGAAUCCAAGACUCCUACCCCUCUACAAGAAGGCAGACUGGGAUAGUAUCAGGAAGUCUAUGGCCGAUCUAACUGACAGGAUGGAGCUAAUGAAAGACACUGCUACAACUGAAGAGUUGUGGUCCACCUUCAAAGACAGUCUUCAGACAGCCGUCCAAGAGUUUAUCCCCCAUAAGCUGGUCCGGAUGAAGGAAAAUAAGCCCUGGAUAACUCCAGCUCUCCACCGCCUUAUCAAGAGAAGGGAUCGCAUCUACAAGAAGAUGCGUAAACGUGGAACACAAGAUCUUAAGAACCAGUAUAAGAAACUCCGUAGAGAAGUGCAGCGGCAGUUGCGAAGAGCUUACUGGUCCUACCUGGAUAGCAUCUUUGUAGAAGACGAAUCUGUCAGCUUGACAGAAGGCAUCAGCGUGAGGCUCAGUGGAACCAACGUCGUGCUCAGCACAAGCUUCGGCCUCAGGGUGUCCUUCGACGGAAACCAUCGCUUAGAAGUCGUCGUACCGCCAGCGUACCGCAACGUUACGCAGGGCCUGUGUGGCAACUUCAACGGUGUUGUAUCCGAUGACAUGUUGAAGCCCAAUGGAACCAUGGCCAGUACCGUGAUUGAGUUAGGAAACAGCUGGAAGGUGGUGGACGACACCUGCCCCGAGGAAGUGGAAACAACCGACCCUAUCUGCGAACCAGCACUAGAAGCCACCGUCCAGGGCGACCAGUGGUGCGGCAUUAUCCUGAACGACUUCCAGGCCUGUCACGGCGUCGUGAACGCGACUCAGUUCUACGAAAGCUGCGUCUAUGACGUCUGCGCGUACGACGGCGACGUCGAGCGUCUCUGUGAGAACGUAGAGGCCUACGUCGCAGCCUGCCACGCGUUCGGAAUCACGGUUGACUCCUGGAGGAACGAAUCCUUCUGCCCCGUCAGUUGCGGUCCUAACAGCCACUACAGCAACUGCACCUCUCCCUGCCCGGCUACCUGCACCAACCUGAACAGCCAGUGCUCGCAGGCCUGUGUGGAAGGCUGCGCGUGCGACCAAGGCUACAUUCUCAGCGGGGACACCUGCGUUCAGUACGAGGACUGUGGCUGCACGGACGCCUUCGGCUACCAUCCGCAAGGAGAAGAAUGGGGAGAUGGAAACCAACAGAGGUGUCGCUGUGUGGGCCGGGAUCAGAUAGUAUGUGAGUCGGCAGUUUGUCACAACGGCCAGGUCUGGAGCAUCGAAAAUGGAGAGUAUGGCUGCCACUGCGUUCCCGGAUCCAAGUGCACAGCUACGUGUGGAGACAUCCGCGAUGACUUCACGGCCGGAGCAGUGUCCUCCCCGCUGUACCCCAGCCCUUACCCCGCAGACCAGGACUGCAUGUGGAUCAUCAACCCCCCGCCUGGCUUCAUCCUCCACAUCACCGUCACACACCUGGACCUGGAGUGGCAGCUCGACUACGUUCUGAUUGGAUGGGGUACGGACCCCGGAUGCGUGACCUUCCUGACCGGCAACGUCAUACCCGUGCUACCAAUCGUCAGCGCCGAAGCAUCCCAGGUCUGGAUCGUCUUCCACAGUGACGCUACCGUCAGCGGAACGGGUUUCAACUUGGACAUUCAGGCCUUCCAUUCAAACGCAACAGUACCAGUGCCGGUUACUCCAGAGCAAAUCUGGACGUCUUCCCCAGUCACUCAAGAUCAGUCACCUGUUACCGAUGUGGACGUGUGGACAACAGAAGAAAUUGUAACAAACAGACCACGACCAACAAUCGAACCUACACGACCACCUAAACCUACCACUCCACCUAAACCUACCACUCCACCAAAACCUACCACUCCACCUAAACCGAUGGAACAAGGUGGCGUUACCAUCACUUUGGAAGAGGCCACUGAGGGAACGGUGAAUUUCACGGCACUACAAGUCAUCGUUGCUGACGUAAUGAACGAGUUCUGUACCCACGAAAAUAGCACCUGUCAACUCCCCGAAAACAUUACUCAUCCUUUCAGACCACAAGACGUGAUCAUCGGAGAAAUUAUCGAGACACCAGACGGUGUUGAUGUCCAGCUGUAUGUGGAAACGCCAUUCGACAACGUCACGUCUGUUGUGCCCGCUGAGAAUCUUGAAGCCGCAAUCUUAGACAACCAGCUGGCUAUAGAAGCUUCCUUGGGCACCGGGAUACAAGUGGAACAGGUGGGCGACCAGGGACCAGAGGAGACACCAAAAGACAACGAGGCCCCGGCAAUGGAGACGUGGGAGAUCGCACUAGUCACCGUGACGAGCGCCGCCGGGGUCUUCUUCAUCGGCGUGACCAUACACGCCAUCAAGGUGGAAACGGGAAAGCUUACAUCUGCUGCUUUGGGAUCAGCAACGAACCUGGUUGACGUAGAGAUGGGAACGAAUGGAGACAUUCACUUCAACAAUCCAGCCUAUCAAGACAUACCUCCUGACAGUUUCGGUGGACAAAACCCUAUAGAAUGUAAUGGUGGGACAAAUCCCACCAUAACAGAGCCGACUAGACCGGUCACCAACCCCGACCCUGGUCCAGUAGGACCGGACCCAACUGAAUGCGGCCCGAUCAACCCAGGCGUGAGUCCCAUCCGACCAGAUGUUAUUUGCCCAGAGCCAAUUCGACCAGACCCUGUCCGACCAGAUCCUGGUGAGUGUGGUGUCGACCCGGACCCACGACCGCCAACCCCAUCAAACAGCUGCAACGGAGGCUCACAGCCUGGUUCCCGUCCAGGCUCCAGGCCAGGCAGUCCAGGCGGCAGUCAUGGAAGUGGAUCCCGUCCAGGUUCCCGUCCAGGCAGUCCCGGUGGAAGCUGUGGCAGUGGAUCUCGACCAGGCUCUCGUCCCGGUAGUCCAGGCGGCAGUCAUGGAAGUGGAUCACGACCAGGUUCCAGGCCAGGCAGUCCGGGUGGAAGCUGCGGAAGUGGUUCUCGCCCCGGGUCUCGUCCAGGCUCCCGACCAGGCAGCCCCGGUGGAAGUAGUGGAGGUGGAUCUCGACCAGGUUCCCGUCCAGGCAGUCCGGGUGGAAGCUGUGGCAGUGGAUCCCGUCCAGGCUCACGACCAGGCAGUCCAGGCGGCAGUCAUGGAAUCCGGGUGGAAGCUGUGGAAGUGGAUCACGCCCCGGAUCUCGCCCAGGCUCUCGCCCUGGUAGCCCCGGUGGAAGUAGUGGAGGUGGAUCCCGUCCAGGAUCCCGUCCAGGUUCCCGUCCGGGCAGUCCUGGAGGAAGUUGUGGAAGUGGAUCUCGUCCCGGCUCUCGUCCCGGCAGUCCAGGCGGCAGUCAUGGAAGUGGAUCCCGCCCUGGAUCCCGUCCAGGCAGUCCGGGUGGAAGCUGCGGCAGUGGAUCCCGUCCAGGCUCUCGACCAGGCAGCCCCGGUGGAAGUAGUGGAGGAUCCCGUCCAGGAUCACGACCAGGUUCCCGUCCGGGCAGUCCGGGAGGAAGCUGUGGCAGUGGAUCUCGCCCCGGAUCCCGUCCAGGCUCUAGACCAGGCUCUCGUCCGGGCAGUCCGGGAGGAAGUUGUGGAAUGGAUCCCCGUCCAGGCUCUCGACCAGGCAGCCCCGGUGGAAGUAGUGGAGGAUCCCGUCCAGGAUCACGACCAGGUUCCCGUCCGGGAAGUCCAGGUGGAAGUUGUGGAAGUGGAUCUCGCCCCGGCUCUCGUCCAGGCUCUAGACCAGGCUCCCGUCCAGGAUCACGACCAGGCUCCAGGCCAGGUAGUCCGGGUGGAAGCAGCGGACGUGGAUCCCGCCCCGGCUCUAGGCCAGGUAGUCCCAGCGGAAGUGAGAGAUCCCGGUCCCGUUCGCGAUCCCGGUCCCGUUCGCGAUCCCGGUCCCGGUCCCGAAGCCCCGGGGGAAGGCGUCCAAGGGCUCCUCGCAUGA